GAACAUUUAGUUUCGGUUUGGCAUCCAAAAAUAAAGGAAAAGAUAUACAAAAUUUAGAAAAAAUCAAAAAAAUUGUUUCCAAAUUGGCAGCAAAAUUUUGGUUAGAUGGCGAAGAAGGCGGCACAACAACAACUGCAGGCGGACAUCCAGACGGAUGAGGAAUUGGAGCGCUUUAUGGAACGACCGGGUCUUUUGGUUUUGGAUGUCUAUUCGGAGUGGUGCGGUCCUUGCAUUGGAAUGGUGGGCUGCCUGCGCAAAAUCAAACUCGAGAUCGGUGGCGACAACCUGCAUCUGGCCAUUUGCAAAUCGGACACCAUCUCAUACCUCAAGCGAUUCAAUAAAAGGAGCGAGCCCAUCUGGCUGUUUGUGACCGGAGGCAGGGCUGUGAACCUUCUGUUUGGCUCGGAUGUGCCCAAGUUGAUCGCCCUACUAACGCGGGAGCUGGAGAAGGUCGUCCAGCGGCAGCCGCGUCCCGUGACCUUUGCUGUGGAUGAACUGCAGCCAAUUGAGUUGGAGCAGCAACGGAUCAAAAUGGAGGCCAUCGAGCGGGCCGAGCGGAUUGAGCGCGAGAUCAAGCACAAGAAGCAGGUGGACUACCUCACUCAGGUGACGGACGCCAUAAUGGAGAAUAUGCCGGAUAUUGGAGUGACGGUCUUUGGACCGCAAGUCAAUCGUGAUAUGUUCAAGAAACUCACCGAACCCGCCGAACCGCUGAAGAUGCAAUGCAAGGAUCGCCGGGUCAUCCAGGUGGCCAGCGAUCAGUUCGAUGUGGUGAACUUUUCGUGCAAGAAUCCCAUGCCACCGGAUGUCAUUGAGCAACUGGACGGCAAGGAGCUGCUCAUGUGCUUCUGGAAGAUCGACGAGACCAUCGGCACCGUGCCCAAUGUCCUGAUGGCCUAUGCCAAUGAGCUGACCAAGGAGCGAGUGGCCCCGCCCAACGAGGACAUACCCGAGGAGCAUGUCAUCCCGCCAAUUAUCGUCACCAUGAAGCUGAAGGUCGAGGUGGAGCUGAAGGAGGGCGAGGUGUGGGUGGAGGAGAUCAGCUCCGAAGAGGAGGCGAGACUCAACCAGGCCAAGGCCAAGGGUAAGAGCAAGUCGAUUGUCCACGAAGAUGCCCACCUGGCCGAGGAGGAGGCGGCCGAUCUGGACGCCGAGGAGGAGGCCAGCGAGGAGGAGGCAGCCGGCGGAGGCGAACCUCCCGGCGGUGAUGCUAUGGGAGGAUUCCCCUCCAUUCCAGGCUUCGAUAUGGAUCUCGAUGUCGGCGAUGAGGCCGCCGAGGACGAGGAGGAGGUCCAGGAGGUCAAGGAGGAGGAGCCGCCCAAGCCUUUGACUCGCACCAAGACCGUGAAAAUGCCACCCAUCUGGGUGCCCAACAACCGGCGCACCCAUGCCGCCCUCAUCUAUGUCUUCUUCCGCGGCCAGACGAGCGGAUUCCUCCCACCCGAUCCCAAACCGGAGCCACCACAUGUGAUCAUGGCCUUCGAUGCCUCCAAGCGCAAGGAGAUCAUGCAUGUGGUGGAUCGCCACAAGGACGAUGUGCCGCUCUAUGGCUUCUUCUCCAGCGCCGAGCCGGAUGAGGCCGAGCUGAUAGCCAACUCGACGGAGAAGUACGAGGCCAGUCCCAAAACGCCGAACGACAAGAUUGUGCUCAAGGUCAACAAGGUUCAGUCCAACAUGAUGUUAUCGCUGGUCUCCUAUGGUCCUAGUUAUGUGAGUCCCAAUGUCACUGUUGGCAAGGAUGAGGCUCUCAAGUUCUUCCCGGAGGACUACAAGCCCCAGGAGGAGGUGGUCGUGGAGCCCGAAAAGAAGAAGAAGCGCAGCAAGAAGAGCCAAGAUCUCAGAGAGUCGGUGGAGGCGGAGGCCGUGGCAGCUCCUGCAGCCGCAGCAGCAGGGGCUCCUGCCGAGGCUCCAGCUCCUGUCGAAGGCGAAGCUCCCGACACAGAGGCUCCAGCCGAAGGAGAGGGCGAAGCUCCGGUGGCGCCGACGGAAGAAGGAGCAGCACCGGCCGGCGAGGCCCCCAAGGAGGAAGCUCCUCCCGCCGAAGCCCAGGAAGCUCCUCCCGCCGAAGCCCCUGAACCAGAGGCUCCUGCUCCCGCUGAUCCUGCUCCUGUUGAGCCUGCUCCUGCUGAUCCUCCUGCCGAGUAGCUCUAACCAUACGUUUGAAAAGUCCCCUAAAUUCAUUCUUUAGUUACCAAAUUGUAUGCCCAAUUGUCAAAAUUUUUAAAUGCAACUUGUUGAAAUACAUUAAAAAGUUUUGGUUCUGUAAA